AUGAGUGGUGAGGAGUGGGGGGAAAGGGGCAAUCAUUUAAAGUCAGCCACCCGUUUCUAAAACAAACACCAAUUCGAACAAUUCACUGUCCUACCUGGUAUUAUAAUCAUGGGAAUGGGGAUAGAUGACACAGAUCUCUUUUCCGUUUCAAGUUAUGUUUUGGUAUGUUUCCCAGUGGCUGCAGCAAAGGAAAUUCACUUAAUUACAAGUAUCAUCCAUGACGCUGCCCAUCAAUUUUCGGAUCGGGGCACCCGGUCCUUCGGUCCCCCCUCAUUGUUUCAAAACCGUCUCUCUUUCACACCCCCCUUUCGCUUGCGCCGCCCGCGCUCAUAGCAAAUUGCCAGCUAUUAGAGAACUGUCCAAGAAUACUGUAGUCACAACUAAAACCGCUUGGCCAUCAUCAUCCUCAUGUUUUCGGACAUUUUUGCUUCUUGGACGAAAAAAAACAAAACGCAGUCCAUGUUUCUUUGCUUCUGCUUUUGCUUUUUCUUCCAGUUUUGGCAGACUCAGCAGGGCGCCAGUUUCAAGGGUAUAAUUGGAAGGUCUGAGCGACAUGAAUACUGUACGUACAUGUCCGGCCAUAUCCUUUCGUUUCCGACCAAGGAGUGAAGAGAACGUCUGUGACCGUUCUGGGUUGUAAUAUCAUCAUCUCGGCCAUUUUUUGAUUUCUGAGCCUAUAAAAGUGUUACCCUUUGAGAAGGUCUGUUAAGAGACUAUAAAUCUGAAGAGAUUCGAUUUAUGAGCGUUUGCACUUUGUGGACCAUCGAGAUCUCAUUCAAUUGCGCGAACAAGAAUAGAAAUCCAAUUGAACUUGACAAUAUCCGUGCUUGCCCUUUUCUACUGUUGAUCUCUGUUAGUAUCUCUGCAAAGUUUUGCUUCAUUCUUUUUUGUCAGCUUAUUUUUGUGUCCUAAUGUGCUCUCCGUUUGUUGUCAGGUCGUUUCGAGUUGAAAAAACGGAGUUUCGCUGUAAAAUAGAAGGUUUCCAGAUAUCCAGAACAUAAUAACUUCUGAAAUCUCUAAAUCUGUAUCAAAACAUCAGAAAUUUACUUUGAAACCCUUUUCGUCACGUAUUUUCUAUAUUUAUCCCAUUACUCUAGUUAGUUAGAUUACGCUUUUGGCAAAAUUUUUUCACUAAAAUUCGGUCCGGGACAAUUCUGACUCUAGUAGAUAAGCAAAAUCACACAAAAAUCCAGUCCUCACUGGAAUUUCCAGUAGAACCGCUCCGUGUUGCAGCAACGCAACGGAGAGGGUCCCUCCGGCCGGUCGCUCUCGUUGUCUGCGUCGCGCACUCUCUCCCUCUCCCCGCGCAUAGACUGUUUUGUUGUUUUGCUGGAAAUGUCAUCUCGAACGUCACUCCGCUCGUACACGUCUUAUUAGUUUAUCCCGCGGGUCCUUCCCGCUGCUCAUUUCUUCCCGUGCAGACGUUCCGUUCGCUCUGCCCUCCCCGUGUUUUUGGCAUUGUUUGCAGACAUUUUUUCUCUCCCACUUCUUCCGCUCUUGACAGUUUGUCAACUUAACCCCCUCCAGCCUAUCAUUCCCAGCUUUUGUCACAAAAUAUGUGUGUAUAUUGCUUUUCUUCUUCUUUUUCUUUCUUUUGCUUCUUUCCGCUCAUUAAUUCUAUUCUACCGUUUGCAAUCGUGUUAUGUACAAUCAGUCCCAGACAAAAACGACUAAAAUAAUCCAAUUACAGCAGCGAGCGGCCCACGGAUUCGAUUCGAUUCGAUUCGAUCACUCAUCAAUCGUCUCGGGAGACAAGGUGAGGAGGAGGCAUCUGCGCGGGGCUUACAAAUGGGAUUACACGAAUUGUCACUCAAGAUUUCGGUAGAGUAGAGAGCUCUUAUUUUCUCUGUCAUCUGGUAUGAGAAAUUACCAUAAGCUGAUCUUGAUGACAAAUUGUUCGAGAGAAUUUUGAGGCAGAAACACGGAAGGGUUGGCGGUAGGCAGCAAUGGUGGGAAGAGAUGACCGAAACUUGUGCACACAAUGGAAUUCAAGGGUCUGUUACAACAAACCUUCCCUCUUUUCCUUUUUUGUCCAAUUUUUUGAAUAGCGAGCUUCAGAGGCAGCUCUGUGUUUCGUUUCCCUUUGAAAACCAUCCCCCCCUCGCUUUUCGACAUGACCAAUGCCAAAUGACACGUGUCGCUUUUUGAUUUACUUGCCUUUGGCCCCCGCCCUUCCUUUCCUUUCGUCUUCGCUUUCCCUCCGGAACCCUGAUUUACGAGGCGGCGCCAGCGGCGGGGCACAUUUCCAUACACCUUACUUCUCACUUUCAUUUUGUAGAAAACGCGGGCCCCUAGUGGUCAUUAUUUUUGCCACCUACUCAGAUUUCACAUAUAUAUAUAUAUUGUUAGAAGCAGAGCGUCUCCUACUGUUUCCGGUGAGAGAAGGGCUCAUUCAUAAUGUAAACGGCCACUUUGAAACAUUUCAUUAUUGAGCGGGGGAAAAAUUCUUCUAACUUUCAAUUACCAUUGGAAAUUCGAACACACUUCAAAGUAGGGGCGGAGGGGGUGCCUUCAACUAACUUUGAGGCUCUUUGGAGGAUAGGAUAGGAUCUCCUGCGCGUGUACAUUUAUUUAUUUACCAAUUACUCGGCACGCGCCGUGUCAACGGAUCGUCUUCUCGCUUUUUGGCACACUGUGUCGGCAAUUACCAAAAAGAGUUUUACCGGCUAGCCAGCCGAGAGCUAUUGUUUGAUCGUUAGGGGUCCCCAAAGCAUUGUAAUUGACAGUAUCGGGUUCGAUGUUUUGUCCGCACAGUUUGCCUACUCGUCUGACGGGUCGGCACUUCUCUGUUGUCUUCUCCGGCCGCCGUUCGCUUCCGAUGGUUAUCGUUCGGAUCUUCUUAGUCCUUACCCGGCGCUCCGACCAUAACGGUAUCGUCAUCUUAUUGAAGUGUGUCUAGGUGUUUUUUAUCCAUCCCCCCCCCCUCCUCUCCGUUCACGGGCACUUUUAUAGGCUUUGUUCUUCUUUUCGCACUCUCUCUCUCUCUUGGAAAGGCCGACGGUGCCGACAAGUCUGGUUAGCCCCCCUUCAUUUUAUUGUAUGAAAAUUGAGAAGAAGGCGAGAAAGAUGUCAUAAAUCGACGAGAUUUUUUGAUUCCUUCACUCGUGCCUCCGCUCAGGUGUUCUUUACAUUCUCGCGUGUAUAUGCCAAGUGGCUCAAUAGCACUGCCAUUUCACUUCUGCCAAAUUAUCUUCAAGGUUAGAAGGCCUUGCCACCAAAACAUUUCUUCUUUCCCCAUACCAAACUUAUCAUAAUUGUCUAUUUGUGCACCGUCGUUGACUCAAGAAAAACACCCAAAGGUAGGGGUGGGGGUGUCACGUCAAAAAUGGCAUGCAAACCAAACAGAAAGUGGACCCCUCGCAGAUAUUUGGAGAUGAGUCACUUUCCGAUGCCCCAUGGGCGGACCAUAUACCAAUCACACUUUUUUUGUUGGCGAGCAAGCCCCAAAGGUUUACACUUUUCCACAAGCAUUGCAACAAAUUCUUGUUACAUUUUUUACACUUAUACCAACAAAAAAAAUGUGAUGUCCUUGUGCCCCCCCCCCACCUAAUGACUCAACAGGUGUUAUGAGAACCGUUCCUAGUUUUCUUCUCAAAAAGUUCGAGUACGUGGUUGGCAAACAGCGCUUCCUGGAACACAUGCUUAGUCACUUUUUCGUAUAAAAACCGCAAGAGGCCUCAUAAAAAGUUACCCCUUGAACACCUUUCUUUUCAGAGAAAAAUUGAGAACAUAAAAAAGUGCGAAUCGCUUCUCAUCCGCCCACUCACAUUCAGAUCUUCCCUCUUCAACACAUUUUUUUGUCAAUUUCAUUUCAACAGAGACUAUCCGAGGAGGGCAGCUUCCUCUUCUUCUUCUUCUUCUUCCCAUGCGGUCUCGAGACAUGUCUCCUCCCAUUUUUUCGACCAUGGGAGCGGCUUGGGGUGUUGUGUGUUUGCUGGCCAGACCCCUCCCGCCGCUGUCUGAAGGAGUAGUAAGUAAGGCCCCGCCCACUUUUUUUCGCUUCCCCUAAACGAACCAUAGCCUCCCCCUUGUCUCUGAUAACGCUUUCCGGCAAAAUAUCUUUUUCAAUUUCCGGUCCCUUUCCCUCGUAUCAAUUUCACUGUUCAACUCGUGCGCCGGGGCCCAAUUACCAGUAUGACGGCGUGGUGCCAAGCGUCUCUCUCUCCCUCUCUCAAUAAUUACAUGGCUCCUCGAAAAACCAGUCGGCUUCCGUCACCUCUCUCAUUAGGACCCCCUAACCAUGGGCGGGCGGAAAAGGGAAGAGAAACUUUUCCCCUCUCCUGACCGCCCGCCGGACAAUUUGUUUUUCCCUCCACCUUUUUCGCUUUAGACACCGACAAUGUGUGACAUUGAGUCCGCUCCAAGUUGUUCGCAAGUCUAAUUAAGCCCCCCUCCCCCCGGCCAGUGAUUUAUUUGUAUAUACAUAUAUCCUCUGGAAGGUAGGCACAGUAUCCCUCUUCCGGCCGCGCUUCUGCCUCAUCGCACUGCGCUUUUGUAAGGCAAUCAAGGAGAGAUUGGUAUCUGACCGUACAUUCCGCGAAGAUCCCCUUCUCUAUUGUGGUCCGUUCCUAGAGACAAUCUGACCUCUUUUUUUCUUUCUGGAUGUAUACGUUGAACCCAUAAUUAACAAGAAAAAUGUCAAUUGGUUGUGGUACAGUAAUAAUUAUCCAAACAUGAUACGGUACAUAAAGCCAUUUAUUAUUUCAACGCCCAACACCAGAUGAUGAUGAUGAUGAUGAUCUAUCGGGAGCAAAGAGCGAGAGCAAUAAUAGUUUCGAUAAUAUGAAAUGAAGAGUGUCGGGGGGCGAAAGGUGCGUGCGGGGUUGCGUUGGGUUGGCACCAGAUGGUUAGAAGCUUCAAUAAUCAUCAUCAUCACCCACACCGCUUUUCGCCCACUUCACUUUCUCAUCAUUAAAUGUGAAAAGCCCCUCCUCCACGAAAUUUCUCGAUUUUUGCUCCCAGAGUCUCAGUUUUUUGGUGAACUUGGAUAUUCAUUGCAAAUUCAGUUGGAACCUGGUCUUGCGCGAAAAAUUGGUGCGCCGCGGACAACAGAGAUUUUGUAUUGUGCGAGUUGAACAAGUUCGCCGCGCUUGAAUUUUUCAUUUCUUCCCCGUCUUCUACUUCAUCUCUUCCGGUCCUAUCCUAUACUUUGAAGUCCUGCUGGCCCGUUCUCAUCGAAGGUCUAAGCUCGAGUUCCCACUACUAUAAAUGUGUCAGAUUGAAGUAGAGAGAGAUGGAGAAAGAGAAAGAGAAAGAGUAUCCAGUUUAAAUUGGAAUAGGAAACGGAAGGAAGAGCGGGGCCCGGGUUGCCAGAACUUUUACGCCUUUUUCGUGAUGUUCUUCUCUCUUUUCCUUCCUCUUCCUACCACUCCCAUUUCAUCCGCCACAGGGCCUAUCUCCACCACUCAAUCUAUCCAUUACUUGUCCCAAAACUAAACGACCCUAGUGAAGAAGUAUGGACGACGCUAGGCCACGCGGUUCUCAAAUUUUGAAACAAGAAAGGCGCGAAAAAAGGGAAAUUAGCCUAAUAAGUGGGACGAUUGAAGUUAAAAUCGCUUUCUUUCCACCUCAUCUCAUGCCUUCUCCUUCUCCUUACUAGUAAGUCAUCAUAAUAGCAACCAAUAAUAAUAAUAAUAACAUGGGGUGCCUGUGUGUUUCGCUCGCUUGAUCCCCUCCUACCCGCAUAAUUGAUCCACUUUGGUACCAUAUGCCAACCUCAUUAUCUCAUCCACGAAUUCUCAUUCCGCUUUCCCGAAACUUUUUCGGUCCCUUUGGUGCUCACGCGCAACUCUACUCAACCUAUCCGUCCAAAUUUGGUUUUUUUUUUCGUGUUGUGUCGAUGUCGACUCUUCUCCUUUUUUUUCCAAUCAGGUCGGAAAUGCGGAGCGAGAAAAAGUUGAUUUACUCUACUUGUGAGCCAAUUUUGUUCGUUGUUCUUCACAAUGUUUCUUCUUGGUCACUUUUUCGGCACAAUCUCGUUUUUUCUUCUCCUCGUCUUCUGAUUAAUGACGCUAGGUCUUGACAUCUAUCCAGAAUGUGCAUAAUGUCAAUAACUCAAGUUGACAUUUGUAAAAGGUUCCCCUGACCCCCCAUCUCUCACCAAACAUGCACACGACUUUCUUGAAAUUUACCCCCCUCAUCUCAGAGUGAGAGUUGAAGAACGAGCGUAUUUUUAGUGGCGUGGCGUCUUGUUGAUGAUGGAGCCGGGAAGAAGUUUGUUUGGGCUUCACUUUUUUCCGCGCGAAUGAUUUGACAACAGUGCCUUGUACUAGGAUGAACAUCUGCCGAUCAGAUGUGCUCGUUUUAUAAACUUACUAUAUUGAUCAUUAUUUCAGCCUACAAAUCACACCCGCCCAAUGUCAAAAUGAAGCUCUUACUCCUACUCUCAACCACCAUCACACUAAUCACAAAUGCGCUGCCCAACUCGCCACCAUUUCCCAUCUUUGGACCGUGUCAGAAGCGAUGCAUCACGCAGGUUAGUUUCCAUCAAAAUUGCAUGAUCUUAAACAAAUUUCUUGAAACUUUCGGAAAUUUUUAGUCGUGUUAGAACUUGUCGGGCCCGAGAAUUUCAAGUUUUGACCCAGCCUGGCCCUUUGCAAGUCUGGUUUAUAUGACAUGUGUGUUCGGAUCUCCAUCUAAUUUAUAUGAGAACCCACCCGGAAGAGAUGUUCUUUACAAAAAAACGGAACAUGUGCUUGCUUCAUCUUAUUACACUGUUAGACAUCACAAUUCAAUCCUAUUCGGGUCACUGAUUCCUGGUGGAUUACUGUACGUUUUUUGCAGUUUGGCGAGAUCAAGGAACGAGUCACGAACACGGAUACGAUGUAUCGCGAAGUUGACGUUUUCAACAAGACCGAAUUCUCGCUGGUUAGUUUAGUCGGUCGGUCCUUUCCAGUUCUGUCUGUUAAUUAACCGAAACACUGAUGAACCACCAUCAGACUAAUUGGCUUGAUGUUCACUUUAGUUGUGACUGACUGACUGACAAGGCAAGAAAGGCAAAAACAUGUUCCCUCAUUUUACAGUGCAAAUUGGGAUGCAACAGCCCCGAAUACACGGAUCUGAACCUGCCCGCGUUUCGUUUUGGACAGUCUGCCUAUCAACAAAUUCUGAUGAACGCUGAUGGUAAGCAACGGGGGACCGCCGCUGCCUCAAAAUGGCAAGGUCAAUCUCAAUCGGAAGGCGAGUUGGUUGCAACAACUACUAAUUCGAACCACUUAUCAAAAGUGUCUCGGCACGUCUGUGUUCCACCCCGCAGCGAUGAGAUGAAGAUGCGGGAGUGAUCGCAAUGAUUGAUGCGAAAUGUUGCGUGACAUGAAAUAAUAAGAUUUAUGAUUGAGGGGUAUGAAGCGGCAAAAAGUAGCGGUUACCGGCAAUAUUCUAUGAUAACGAUAACGGGAUCUGCCAACUUUCAGUUCACACUUCCCAAUUUUCAGCAAAACCGACACGUGAGAGUGUGGUGAAAGAUGCGAACAUUCUGUGCCUCGACAAUUUGCCCUAUCUGUCCAAGAACAGCUCCGCGACGACCAGCAAGCGAGUGCUCUCCGGAAAAGUGGUACUGGAGCUCGAGGAAGGCGUUCAGGACACGGAGAACGUCUAUUUCAUCGAAGUAGUCGCCCGUGAUGCCGACGACGACGACACGUACAUUGUCUACCAGGACUGGGUAAGUUGCCGUACAAACCUCCGGGCCGUCGCCCGCACUUUGUCAUUCUGUCACACUGAUGGCACACCGCUGAGGUUGGAGAACAAAAGCAAUCGAUUAGUGGAGAUGGAAGGUUAGGUGGUUGUGUUCCGCCACUUUUCUGAUUCCAUGUUUUGACAGAAUGUGAGGGGAAAGAGAUUUUGGGCCCGAAUUAGUGCUUUCCACGACAUGUUAAGCUGGCUUUGCAUAAGUUAGUAGGUGGUUAUGAAAAGGGACGGCUUCCUCUUCUUCGGACGGCACACAGAUUCAGAGGGGGCUGGGGGGUCCACCGAAGUGAACUCUCAAGUGCCUGGCCGGCUUGAUUUUGUUCGUAUACUUGCGCUGAUUUUUGGAAAACGAAAAUUAAAUUUGAAAAAUUUCUCUUUUCCCCCGUAGUACCCACUUGAAGUUGUACAAUCCCGAAACGGAGAAAAUCCCACGUCAAGUACCCGUCAGAAAGAACUGGACUGUUGAGAAGGGCGUGUGAAAGUACGCCCCACAUAAGAUUCGAGUAAUCUUCUUCUCUUGCUCUCCCCCAUUCAUUUCCGCAACUGGUUCUGAACUCAUCAUGAUGAUGGAGCAGUAGAGGGGGACCACCCGAAAAGUUGUCGUUUUCUGAGAGGUGACAUUGACACACACUCGUUUGUCUUUUUUGAUGGGAAUCGGGCUAACACCAACACAGAAAGCAAGAAGAAGAAGAAGAAGAAAAAGUAUUACAUAAUAAUAGUAGUAGGGGGGUUGCUGUAGUAUGCAUAUCAUAGACGUUUACUACUCAAGGAUUAAAAGGUCGUAGGCGACAGAAAAACUGAAAAAGGGGCAAUGAUGAUGAUGAUGACUACAUGGCGCAAAAGAGGGGAUCAGGGCUGGAAUUUUACAUUUGAUGGACCACAGUAAAAAAUUUUAUGUGAAAAAUCUUGUAUAGUCCCUUUCUCCUCACAAAAAAAGAAAGUUUCACGGGUUAUAAGGAUCGUUAAAGAAAACAAAAUCUACGCUCAGUCCUGCAGGGGAUCCAAUAACCGUGACUUUUUCCAGUGCUACUCGUCGAAUUGCAACGUGACUUUCAACGCGCCGAUUGGACUGACCGACCUGGAAGUCCGUCUCCGAGUCUCCACUUUCGACGACAAUGGAGCCGUCGGAGGCAUCGUCAUUUCCACGUGGUACAACAUCAAUCACAUUCUCACUACUACCUCUCUGGACAUGGCUCUGAAGUCGGUCGAAUGGAACGACGACAAGGCGGCCGCCAGAUUGACACUCGACCGUCCACAAAGUGUGCACGUCCCGGCGUGCUCAUUGCAGAUGAUGUACAAGAAUGCGUUGAGCUCCGAGUACAAACACUUUGACUUUUAUCUCGACCACACCCGCGAGAUCAUCGUGAAGAAGUUGGACUUCAACCAGACGUACACAAUGCGUCUGGCGCCCGCCUCUAGUGACCCGUUCCGACCGUCAACUGCUCUUGCGACGACGCUUGCCACCACGAAAUUUCAAGUGCCAGCAUGUGGGGAUAUGGUAGCUGAUGUGACCAUGUGUGGUAAGUGAAACAUAAGAGCUACAUAUUGAAAUGGGGCUUUUUUGGACAUCCGAACGAGCACUCGGGGGAUAUAUCAGGGGAAAAGAUCUGAAUGAGACGGGGCGAUGUGUGUUUGCACAUUUAUCUUUUGAACAUCGCGGACGUUAUUUUCUGCGGGGGGAAGAAAAGAGGUUUUCCAACAAAAUAAGGGAUUUGAAUUUUGAAACACGACACAAAAAACCAGUUAUUUCAGCGCCGCCACCAGUCUUGAGUCUGACUUCCAGCUGGAAUUUGUCGUCGACCAAUGGCUACGGUCUUGCCAUCGAAUGGACCUACUUUUCAGGUAAACAAAUUUUUUCAGCAUUUCUAAUCCGCUCACUAGUUCUAGAUGAUCGUAUCAACCAGUCGGUGCCAGUGAUCUCCAUGUCGCACUUCAUGUUCACCGUUCAUCCGCUGAUCACUUCGAACAACGAGAAGUGCGAAAAGUACGAGCCAAUCCGCCGUGACGUCACCUAUACUCAUCGACGAGUGGUGUUCUACGUGCCGGACGCCGAGUGCAACUACGAGGUCGAGGUGUCGGCAUUCGACACAAAACAGAGGAGGAGUGAGAUCAAGAAGAUCAAGAUCAUGCGAGUCAAUGAGCCCUCCUACAUGUCCCUGCUUCUCGCCACCGACAUUCCGACUUCUGUCGGCCUCUGUGCGCUUCUCAUCGCUUCCAUUAUUGUCCUUUUCGUAAUUGUUGGAUUCUUUAUUCACAAGAAGAGGAAGGGAGAGAAACACGUAGAUGAUGGUCGGUAUGGAACUGGUGAGCGGAUGGUGUACGCCUACGUGGAUGCCACCGACGCGUCGAGGACUGUGAUCGGGGUCCGACCACUGAACUUCCGAUUUGAACCACCCGAGGCCGGGAACAGAAACAUUGAUGCAACAGUGAGUAGUCAUGAAAUCUGAUCUAACCCUACCUUCCAUCUUUCUCUUCAUCUUUCAACUCCCUUUUCAGUUGGCCCAACGCACCUACAACGGCUACAAUCUGCACACGCAGUCGCGAAGAGCCGGUCCCGGAUGCCACGUAAUAACUUCCUCUUUCAUCUAACUUUUCACUAUCUUCCUCCUCUUUUCAGGACACCAUUUUCCCGUACUACGCAGAUCAGAACUCGGUCAAAAUUCCACCGCACAUGAUGUUGAGAGUUCCGCAGCACGUGGUACAGCAUCCACAGCAGCAGCACCAUGUCGAAUCGAACGAUGGACAUGAGCAGGAUUACGAGACGAUCAUGGACUUUUCGAACGAGUUGAACUUGAGCGAUGAGGUGUUUGAGGUAUGCCGAAAACUUCUGUGUGAACUUCUACACUAACUAGGGGGAAGGAGAAUUCGAAAGAUUUCUGCAGCAAUAAAAUAUGAUUUUCAGUCGGAAAGCAUCGCUUCCUCUUCGCCAAACUCUGUGUACGCCUCGAGAGAUCCAAAAGUGUGCAUCCCAAUGGCUCCGAUUGCUCCGUUUGAGUACUACGACAAUAUGCCGGCUUUUCCGUUCCAGGACUUCCAACUCCGCAAGACCUAUCAGCCGGAAGGCAAUCCGUGCUGGCGAUUGACGAAUGUUGUGGACUCGGUUCGUGGAAACUGUUACGCGCUCAAAUAUGGAAAGGAUUAUUGUAAGUUUCGAAGUUAUUUUCAAACGAAUCAUUCCGUUUUCAGCCAAAGAAACUCGAGAAGCGAUGCGCAAAGAACUGGACUUUCUGCGAACCUUCCCACAACAUCAGCACUGUGUCCGUUUCGAUGGAGUUGUCAUUGGAAGAUGGGAAAACGUGCCGUACCAGAUCAUUGGUCUGCUCAUGGAGAAUUGCCGUGGUGGAUCGCUUCGCAACUACAUCUUCUCGGCCGGAUCCAUGCUCCGUCACCAAGCAAUGGAGUCGCCGCAUCCGCAGCCACCACACGGACCGCCGCCGCCCCCGAGUGCUGUUUCUCCUCGCCCGCAAACACAAAUUUACGAGCACUCUCUUCGGGUCACCGACGGUUCUCCAUCUCCGUCCUCUGGAUAUGACAGUUUCUCGAGCAACGAUCGCAAGACACCGGAGGAGCCGAACCAUUUGACUCUUGCCCAACACUGCCAUCACAUCUCGAUCCGUUUCUGUCAGUUUGCCGAGCAGAUUGCGUCGGCUCUCGAGCACCUCCAUCGUGCCGGAAUUGUCCAUACUCGAGUGACCACCAUCAAUGUGUACCUCUUCCGCGAAUACAACGAUCCGCUGGACAUGCUGUGCGAUCAAAUGGUCAAACUCGGAGAUUUUGGCUAUGCCGCCCGCAGCGCCGACGACGUCGUUAUCCAUCAGAGUCUGCAGCCGCCGGAGGUCGCGCUCGGCAAGAAAUAUGAGGCGAAAGGAGACAUUUGGCAGUUCGGAACGUGUUUGGCGGAGAUGUGCCUUCUGGGAGUCACUUGGCAGACGCAGAGGCAGAUUCCGACGUCUGGACUUGAUGAAUUGUAAGUUGAAUAAUAUCUGAAACGAUAAAUAGUUUUUUUAUCGAUUGCUGAAGGUUUUGAGCCCUAAAAGCCGGUAGAAAUUGACAAAAACUCACUUGUUCCUGUUUUUUCUGAAGAAAAUCGUCAUUAUUUUGUCAUUGAAUCCAUGAAAUAUGUUGAAAAAAUGCUUUCGAACAUAAAAAUGAACUGGUGCUGGACGAGUAAGCGACAAGCGCUUCUCGGCCGCGGGCGUGUACUACACGUGGACAACGUGAAUUUUUUGAAGAAAAAACUUGGAGAAACGAGAGAAUUUGCUGAAAAUUGUGAGAAAUAAUCGGUUUGGGUCCUCAGAAACACCUAAAAUCACAAACUGAGUGUAAAAUUUUGAUUUCAGUGACAAAUUGCCGUCGACCCAAGUGCUCCACGACGCGGCGAAGAAGUGUCUGAACCCUCGGAACCGUCCGUCCGCUUCGGACCUUCGCGGCGUGUUCCAGACGGACACUGCGCGAGAUAUCAAAGCGAUGGACAUGGCGGAUCAGAUGAAGCAGUCCCUACUCAUUUGA